AUGGAACCCCACACAUCAAUUGCCAUGUUCAUCAGUGAAAUACCAGUUCGGUAUCAAAAAUCGAUUCAAUGGAUUCGAGACCUCAGCCAUCGAACUACCGUUCAAGAUGUCAUCUCGUCUGUGUUGCCAUUAUCGGAACCAAACCAAUAUUCGCUCUAUAUUUAUAUGGGCCGUCAUCGACAAUUAUUGAAAAAUUCCUCUCGAAUCUACAAGAUCGUUGCUUCAUUUAAUCAACAACAAUGUGCACGACGUUUACUUUUCGAAAUUCGACCAGUAAAGGUUCAACAGCCGAAGAAACGCGUUCGUUUUGCGGAUGAAAUCAUCGUGCAGGAUAUCAAGAAUCGAUGUGUAUCGACUGAGAAAAGCGAACAUAAUAUGAUCGAAACCGUAUCCAUUCCAAUCGAAAAGCGUCUCGAAAAAUUAAAGGAAAACUUCCAGAAAACCAUUCAACAAAAACAGGAGAACUACGUUAAAUUAUGCACAAUCACCAAAAGAUCAACUUUACGUGUGAUCAAUGAGAAUGUGCCGAAACAUGUCUGUGUACAAACAGCGACCAUCAAACAAAUUGUACGUUCAUCCAGCGAAUCGGGUAUCAGUUCCAGUUCAUCUAGCGAUGAUCUAGUUGUACCAACUCAAAGAUUAGAAACACUCGUAUAA